AACACAAAAAAAAUUGUCCCCUUCAACACAGUCAUUGGGUAGGCGAUUGGAGAUGAGAAAGCCCUGCACAGUAAAAUCCACAUCACACGCAAAGAAUUUUCAAGCGGGCAUAGACAUUUAAGGCCACCUAUCGAAAUCAGAAGGGCCACGCGGAGUGGACCCCGCCGAGACUUUUUUUCGUCUUUACCAAACCAGUCCUGACAAUAAUUGCUGUCUGGAUAUGCUUAAUGUAUUGUAAAAUACUUUCCCACGGGUGCUCAUCACCUACAUUUUUGCAGCUGGAGAUGACGAUUAGAUGACGGGGGUAAUGGUCAAAGUUCGAGAUCGCGAGGCGACAAUAAGAUUCUUCUAUUUCUGCAACGAAAUCUUCAACAAAUGUGUUGGUUUGUAAAUGGGUCCAAGUUCAAGUGCGAGUCCGAGGGUUUUUGGCAAAUCUGCUUGACUGGGCAGUGGGUAAACUUUAAGUCCUCCAGAUCUGAAAGUCUGACCAAGUGACCAUAUGCAUGGCACUUAUGUCCCGGUCAAUGGACGGAACAGGGAGUAGCAGGGGCAACAGAAAUAACAACAAUAGCAACAUUCCAUUGGGGAUUAACAGGCACAGCAACAAGAUCACCAAGCCGCUCAAGCGCAGCGGCAGUGGCGGGGCGGCGGCUUUGCCGCCGCAGCAGACCAGCAAGCAACCUCCGCCGCCUCCUGUUUACAAUAUCAACAAGAAUGAUUUCCGUAACGUUGUGCAGCGAUUAACGGGGUCGCCGCUCCCGGAGCGCUACGAUCCGCCGCCGCCGCCCCUUCUUCCAGCCGCUGCGCCAGCGCCGCCGCCGUCCAAUCCUAAACCGCCCAAUUCGCGGCUGCAGAAAAUACGCCCCCCGCCCUUGAGUGCCGUAAUCCCGACGUCCAUGCCGCCACAGCCGCUGCUGAGAUCGCCGCAGUUUAUGAACUCGGUGCCGCCUUUCUUCUCUCCGCUUCCGCCGCUAACCCCAAACGACGCUGUUUGGGCAGGAAAUGCAGUCAUGGAGAGUCCUGUCACUCGCUACAUGAAGUAUUUGCAGGACCAGGACUCUAUGGCUGGCGGUGGCGGAGGCGGUGGCGGUGGUGGAGGCGGUGGAGUUUAUAAUCCGUCGCCGCAGAUGCGCUACGGCGCUCCUCAUCUGGGUCUUCUGCCGUCUCCUCGCCGGCCUCCUCCGCCGCUGCCCUUGCCUUCGCCCACCUCGCAGUUCCUUUUGCCCUCGCCGCUACCCUCGCCGGGAUCAUUUUUGAAUUUCCCUUCGCCAGGGCCUUUUCCUUUGAAUUUCUUCACACAGUCGCCUUCCGGGCAGUUUGGAUUCCCCGGUGGAGCACCCUCGCUGCCACAGUCACCGUUGCCCUCGCCCGGUGUGUUGUUUGCGUUGCAGUCCCCAUCAAGUGGCUCGUUUCGGCUGCCUAGUCCCCGCUGGAGAGAAGAUAGGUCCUUCAGUUUUCCAGAUCCAGACCGUCGCCUUUAAUACUACCCUUCUAUGCAAUUCGAGUGUUUCUGAAUGAAAUGAUUCUUGGACAACUAACUGAGAAUUCAGUUGAUUCAAACCGUUGUUUGUGCUGUAACAAAAGUUUGGGGUCGCUGUGAAGGAGAGAGUAAUUGAAGUCUACACAGAGGCGAGAAUUUGAAGGAUUCGUUGGGGAACAGUGUUCUCCUUUUCUUCUUUUGUCAUGAACGCAGAGCAUGAUGUAAUAUAAAGUACAAUUUUUAACAGGUUUAACUGUCAGAGCCAAUUCUUUUGCCUGGAUGUAACCUUACUAGAAUAUAUGCUUAUGGAUUUACAAAAGAGUUCAUGUCUUGCCUUUCA